AGACACUGAAUCGUAAGGUACUGACGUUCGUCAUUUCUAAUAGAAGACUAUCAGUAAGGUUUUUUUUCGGCUAUUUGAGACAGUUUAGACGAAAUGUGUUGAUCUAAUUAAAUAUGUUUUAAGUUCUGUGGAUUCUUUACGAUAACGCAACCGUGCAUUGCUAACAUAAGUUACUUUGGUAACGUGGUUGACUAAAAACUUAAUUGUGCAGAUUUUUGUUAAAAUAAAGUAUUGAAUAGUUAAAAGAAGAGUUAAUAGUUUCUAAUGAUGAUGCACGCGAUGAGUGAACAUGCUGGAGGUGUAGGUGGUCUUGGUGUCGGUGUUAUUCCUUUUGACGGAAUGGGUUUAUAUGAGCAACCACGUCCGAAAUUUGUUUUCAAAAUGCCGAGAGUUGUACCUGAUCAAAAGGCCAAAUUUGAAAGCGAUGAGUUGUUUAGACGAUUAAGUCGUGAAUGUGAGAUAAGGUACACCGGAUUUAGAGAUAGACCUUUGGAAGAACGUCAAGGACGCUUUCAAAAUGGGUGUCGAGAGGGUCAUACCGAAAUUGCAUUUGCUGCGAUGGGAACAAACCUUCAACUGACCUUCGGCCCUUCUACAGGAAAUUACUCUAAUGAGCCUAGUACAUGUGAUUUCGACAAGGAACAUGGCAAGGUCCAUUUGAAAUCACAUUUGAUAAUGAAUGGCGUCUGCGUGAAGUGGCGCGGUUGGAUCGAUCUAGAGCGUCUCGACGGAGUUGGUUGCCUGGAAUUCGAUGAAGAAGCUGCAGCUCGAGAGGAUGCUCAAUUGCGCAAUCAGUUAAACCGCUACAAUGAACGCCUACGUCAGUUCGAUGAGAAACAGAGGGCCUACAGAAACGCAGCAGCACAACAACCGCACCAUAAUCAUCAUCUUGGUCAUCAUCACCAUCAUCAUCAUCUGGGUCAUCAUGUUUCGGGAACCAGUGGAGCACCUACAGACAAAUUUUAUUAGACAUAAUUCAAUUUAUAUUAUUAUAUUAGAAAUCAAUUUGAUUUUAUUAAAACUUUUUUUUCAUUUUUAAAUAAUUUAAAGAUCGAUUAAAAAUUAAUGAAAAUAAUUUGAAAAUUAUAUUAAAAAAAAAAAAACACAUUUGCGCUGUGGGUAAGUGUGCACAAACCAAUUCAUUUCGGAUUGAAAUCCAUGGGUUUGCGCACACUUAUUUACUGCGCACAAUUACCCCACAUGACUCUAUAUGAUGUGAUGGGUAAUAACGUGUUUUCAUUAAUAAAUAUAUUAAAAUAAAUAACCGACGGAAAACGAGUAAUAAAUUCAUAGAAUACGAGAGUAGACUUUAUAAGCAGCAAAACUGUAGUUGAUCUUGAGACUAACAAGUGAAUGCUCCUAUAUGUUAUAUGUAUAUUUAUACAAUUAGUUUAUAGUAUGAAUCAGCCGACUUCAAAUAUCAUAAUGACUCACCUCGAGAUUCCAUUUCUUUUAUUUGUUUUAUUUAUUAUCAGUGUUUAUUUUUUUUUUAAAUGAUAAUUAUAAUUUUUUACGUGUAAACUUUUUUAUCAAGGCAUUUUGUUAUUUAAUGUAAAUAUUAGUAAGAAAAUUAUUGAAUUUAAAAAUUAAUUAAGCAUUAAGCUUUGUUUUAACAUUAAGUGCAAGAAACUUCCAUGUGUAUUAAUAAAAAUACCGAAUUAUGGUUUGUAAUUUAAUAAUAAACUACACGGAGAGAAAAGAAUAGUAAUGAUUACUAUGCUAUAUAGUAACCAGACUCAUUUUUUUGUAAAAUGGUAAAUAAUGCUAUGUAGAAUAGGACUCAUUAUCAUUUUUCUAUUAAUGAUUACUAUGUUACAUUGAAACAACUGAAAUGGUAAAAAUUGCUAUCUAGCAUGGGUAUCAGGGUUAUGUAGAAUGCUACUCAGUCCCAUGCUGGAAUAGGUGUCGCUACAGUUUAAUAAGUGAGACAAGGAAGUUAACAUGCGCGGAUGUUUGCGCAGUAACCUGUGUGUAUGUGUAUGCACAUCUUGUGCAUACAUGUGCGAUGUAUAUUAUUAAAUAUUUUAAUUUAUUUAAUUAUUAUUUAUCUGUUAUCAAAAAAUGAUAUUUCUUUUUGAGCAAUAUCUUGAUUAUUUCAAUAGAUUAAUUCAAUUUCUACAUAUAUCUAUUUAUAGUAACCUAAGUUAUUUGUUUUGUCAUAACCUUAUUUACUAAAAAUGAAAUAAAUAAAAGAUCGUAAAUGUUACUAGGUAACAUUGUAGUGAUGACCAUUUACAUAGUUCUCUCGUGAAUGUAGAAUGGUAAUCAGUCCUAUACUAGCAUAGUCACCGUUACUAUGUAGAAUGGG